AUGGCUGCAGGGCAGCAGGGCGCACAGGGCAGCAGGACAGCAGGGCGCGUGGGGCGCGCAGGGCUGCAGGGCGCGCGGGGCGCACAGGGCAGCAGGGCAGCAGGGCGCACAGGGCUGCAGGGCAGCAGGGCGCACAGAGCUGCAGGGCAGCAGGGCGCGCGGGGCGCGCAGGGCUGCAGGGCGCGCGGGGCAGCAGGACAGCAGGGCGCGCGGGGCGCACAGGGCAGCAGGGCAGUAGGGCGCGCGGGGCGCAGUAGGGCUACAGAGCGCGCGGGGCGCACAGGGCAGCAGGGCGCACAGGGCUGCAGGGCAGCAGGGCGCGCAGGGCAGGAUGAAGGAGAAGGGGGGGGACGGGGGGGGUUGGUGCUGCAGAUCCCCUCCCCCCCACUGCUGCACCCGCAGCAGGGGGAGGUAGGAGAAGGGGGGGGCGGGGGGGGCUGGUGCUGCAGAUCCCCUCCCCCCCACUGCUGCUCCACAAUCCUUCACCCCCCAGGGAUGGAGGAGAAAGGGGGGGCGGGGGGGGCUGGUGCUGCAGAUCCCCUCCUGCCUCCCCCUGAACCUCCAAGCUCCUCCCCCCCUCCCAACACAAGGAGAAGGGGGGGGACGGGGGGGGUUGGUGCUGCAGAUCCCCUCCCCCCCACUACUGCACCCACAGCAGGGGGAGGUAGGAGAAGGGGGGGGCGGGGGGGGCUGGGCACCGGGGCCGCGGCUAGGGGCGACAGGUCGCGAGGGUCCAUAGCUAGGGGCGACGGGGCGACGGGUCGACUGGGCAGGUACGGGGCGGGGCGCUGGACACGGAACGGGGCCGGGCGCGGGCUAGGGACGGGGCCAGGCGCGGGCUAG